CCCCGCCGACACCGGAAUUGCUUUUCAAAGUUACUCGGCGCCUCUCGCCUGGAACAACAAAAACACCCCUCCAGGCGGCCUCAGUUAGCAACUAAAAACGGCACAUCUCUUUUAAAGACACCCUCUUCUAUUUAGCAAUGUUCUCCUACUGAUGGGAUUAGUUGUGACGGCAAGACGCGGGGUUGCACUUUUAAACCACCCAAAGACAAUCAUGUCACGAAGACUUCGUGCCAGCAGGACUGAAGGAGUCGAUAAAAACGUUUGGGUUGAAUUCACCCAGCUUGUAGCCGAAAACAAAGUGGUCAACCUCGGGCAAGGCUUCCCGGACUUUGCGCCCCCCCAAUUUAUCCAAGAUGCCUUCUGUAAAGCUUUGAGUGGAGGUCCGGCCAUGCAUCAGUACACACGCGCCUUUGGUCACCCUCCACUUGUUAGGAGCCUGGCCAAAUUCUUCAGUGGCAUUUUUGCCCACGAGAUCAACCCCAUGGAGGACAUCCUGGUCACCGUUGGCGCUUACCAGGCUCUCUUCUGCGCUUUCCAGGCGCUAAUUGACAAAGGAGAUGAGGUGAUCAUCGUGGAGCCUUUCUUUGACUGCUACCAGCCCAUGGUGAAGAUGGCGGGAGGGACGGCUGUUUAUGUUCCUCUGAGGCCAAGAGCGGAAGGUAGCGGCGCCGUCCUGUCAAGCGGAGACUGGGUUCUGUCGGCCGAUGAGCUGGCCGGUAAAUUCACCCCGCGCACAAAAGCCAUGGUCAUCAACACGCCCAACAACCCGUUGGGGAAGGUGUACAAGAGGGAGGAGCUCCAAAUGAUUGCCGACAUGUGCGUCAAACACGACGUGCUGUGCUUCAGUGACGAGGUGUACGAGUGGCUCACCUACGACUCUGCCAAACACAUCAAAAUAGCCAGCCUGCCCGGCAUGUGGGAGCGCACCAUCACGAUCGGAAGUGCAGGGAAGACCUUCAGCGCCACGGGAUGGAAGGUGGGCUGGGCUAUUGGCGCUGGACCCGUCAUCAAACACAUGAAGACCAUCCAUCAGAACUCUGUGUACCACUGUGCCACAGCCGCUCAGGAGGCGGUCGCUCACGGCUUUGAGCGAGAGUUUGAGAUGUUUGGCUCUCCGGAGAGCUACUUCCAGCAGCUGCCGGCCAUGCUGCAGCACAAGAGGGAGAAGCUGGCCAAGUGCCUGGAGAGCGUGGGUUUGAAGCCCAUCAUGCCCGAGGGAGGCUACUUCAUGAUAACGGACAUCUCUUCCGUCAAGGCGGACCUCAAUGACCAGAGCACCAAGGAUGAAUCCUAUGACUUCAGAUUUGUCAAGUGGCUAAUUAAAGAGAAGGGUUUAGCAACAAUACCUGUGUCGGCCUUCUACAGUCCGGAGCACAGCAAAGAGUUUGACAAGUACAUCCGCUUCUGCUUCAUCAAGGAGGACGCCACCCUGGAGGCAGCUGAGGACAUCCUGAGAAGGUGGAGUCGUGGAAAUUCGGAAUUCAACCCGGAACAAUUUAAAGGGCGCGUCCCUUCUGUGAUAAACAUGUCUGCUUCAGUCGCCGCCGCCAAGAGACCCAAAACCAUGUAUACUCAGCCCGGAGAGAGGUUGGACUGGAAGACAAAGAAAGCGCAAAUAAAGGAAGCCAAGAAGCAAAGGAAAGACGCCAAGCUCAUCAAGCAGUUGGAAAAUAAGAAAAAACAAGAGGCUGCAGAGGGAGAGAAAGUUGAACAGACGCAGGUCAAUAAAGGUCGUCCUUAUACCGUGACCGUGGCUCUGCCCGGUUCUGUCUUGGACAACGCUCAGUCGGCCGAGCUUCGGACCUACCUGGCGGGACAGAUCGCCCGAGCCUGCGUUGUUUUCUGUGUGGAUGAGAUCGUCGUGUUCGACGAGCAAGGAGAAGAUGCCAAGAGUGUGGAAGGGGAGUUUACCGGUGUGGGCCGUAAAGGACGUGCUUGUGUUCAGCUUGCCAGAAUACUGCAAUACCUUGAGUGUCCGCAGUACCUGCGCAAGAUGUUCUUCCCAAAGCAUCAAGACUUGCAGUAUGCAGGACUGCUGAACCCGUUGGACAGUCCUCACCACAUGAGGAUCGACGAGGAAUCGGUAUAUCGAGAAGGCAUCGUCCUCGACAGGCCAUCCAGACCAGGAAAAGGCUCUUUUGUCAACUGUGGGAUGAGGAAGGAGGUGGAGAUUGAUAAACAUCUGCAGGCGGGCCUGCGAGUCACCGUGCAUCUCAGCAGCACUCAGAAGCAAGAGAGCAAAAACUACAAAGGGGUGGUGGUGGCUCCGCACGUGCCCAGGACAGUUGGAGGUCUCUACUGGGGUUACACGGUCCGCCUGGCGUCCUGCCUCAGUGCAGUGUUCACAGAAAGUCCUUACAAGGAAGGCUACGAUCUCACCAUCGGGACGUCUGAAAGAGGCAGCCACACGGACGAAACCACGCUGUCGCCGUUCAAGCAUCUCUUGGUGGUUUUUGGAGGUCUGCAAGGACUGGAGGCCAGUUUGGAUGCUGACCAAAACCUGGACCUGACGUGUCCCAGCGUCCUUUUUGACCACUACCUCAACACGUGUCCCGCUCAGGGAAGCCGCACCAUUCGCACAGAAGAAGCCAUUUUAAUCUCCAUGGCAACGCUGAGAGUGAAGAUUGCGGCGGCCUUUUCUAAUAGCUAAAUAUUGAAAGAGUAAGGUAAAUAUGUACUUUAGUGUAGUUGCAUUCUUGUUCAAAACCUUUUUCAACAUUGACACUUUCUUGUCUUUGCAGAAUUUUAUUGAUGAAAAUCUUCAGAAUCCAUAAGUUUUAUCUCACCCUUGUGUAUAACACACACACACACACACACACACACACACACCAGUGCAAUGAAAUUAACUUAUAGUAUUUGUAUAAAGCUUUUGUGUUGUUUUUUUUUUAUACAAAAAAACAGUCCAGACCAACUUGAAAAAAUAAAUACACGGGUGUAGUAAGCAAAAUAUCACAUGGUAGUCAUGAUUACGCAACAACCCACCGCUGCUUUCCAUGGCUUCAUCUCCACAAAGCAAACUCCCUGCUUCCUAAAUGCUUUCAUCUUCUUCAGCUGCGCCCACUUUUCAAAACAUUAAAAAAAGAGAGCAGUUCCUCUUUUCAAGCCGUCCAUGACAUGACACUCCAGCACGCGCUUGACCCGCUGACCCACCUUAACAUGGAAACAUAAGUGCAAUGCAUAAUGAUGCGAAUAUCAUAAAGGGGGGAGGAGGAGGAAUCACCUCUCUGAAGCAAUACUGCACUCUUAUGUCAUGAAAAACAUUCUCUUUUGCCGUCUUUGUUGUCAUUUUGUACCAAAGGAUUGGCUCCUCGUAGUGAUCCCUGAAAGUUGACGUCGUCACAAGGACACCCAGCGAGGGAAGACGUCUGUGCCGUCACCAAGUGGGAUAAGCAAAGGUGAUGUUGUACUGAUGCGCCCAGCGUGCAAACACCUGCUUCUCAGUGAUGAAGCGAUGGUGGCUCCCUCUUUGGUUGUUCUCGUUCUGCAUGUACGUCACACACUCGUCGGAGCCCCUCGGUUUGUAGUAGUGAUACGGCAGCCUUUUGAGUCCUGCCCUAUUACUAGAAGAAGCACAAUGAGCACGUUUGUCAAAUGGGUGCUGCGCUUACCCGUCUGUUAAGCUUUGUCCGACAACACUGGGCAGCGAGUGGCGGCAACGUGCAACUAUCACAAAAAAUAUGUUGAUUGUUCUUCCUGCGAUCCUAAAAAUUCAUUUCAUGAGACAAAGUUUUGCUUGCUUAGAAAUGACAUAUUGUAGGGUUUUGUCCAUAACUUUUUAACCUUUUACCUACAACAACUUUACAAAAUUGUAUCCAUCCAAAUCAAGAUUCAGAUUUUAAAUAAUGGGGGGGACGUUUCUUACUUUUGAUCAUCCUGUAAAUGUAUGCAAGUCCAUUUAUAACGGCACUGCACAUUGUAAAAAUAAAAUAGACAAAGCUUUGACUUUCAACAUGUGUAAAAGCCUGCCCCCACCUUUCUUUUCUUGGAAAAUAAAAAAAAUAGUGGCCCCCGGCGUCGUUUUGAUUUUUUUCCCUGU